GACGGGACAGGCAUAAUGGGAUUAAUUCUUCACUUUUUUACUGCGGCUAGUGACUGGACAUGGCGUUGCGUUGCGUUGCGUUGCGUUGCGUGGUGGAUUGACGAUGGGACAUCUGCACUUGCAGAUAUAUCGAGGGGUAGCACUUUAUGGGAACGAGCGGUACUGGGAAAGAGAGGCGCGUGAGCUACUUCCAAUCUCUUCCUUGCCGUUCUCAUACUCGUUUUGUAGUUUUUGGCGACCUUUUUGCUGCGCUCUUCUUCAUUCGUUUGUUCGUUCGUACUCCCUUCCUCCAUUUGGUUGCGGAUCUUUUUUUUUUCUCUCAUAGAAGGCAUUGGCUCGGGUCCAGAAAGCUAUGGCGUUUGAGCAUAAUUUAUCAUGUAAUAAUCUUUCGAGUGUGUGUUUUUGGUUGUAUGCGCUUUGACUGCUACUUUUAUACUGCUACAUAUGCCCAAAUAAUUGUGUAGUUCACUUUAACAGGCACUGUGAUGUACCCUAGUGUUGAAAUUUUGGCAGUAUGGGUUACUGUCCUCCUGAACGAUAAUCGAAGCUAUCAAGGCUGGUAACAAUACCAUCGGUUGUUUAUCAGUUGAA